AUGGCGGAUAUCAGAUGGCAAGGAAUUCCAGAAGGCAGUGGAUCGGGCAAUAAAGAAACAUUCAAAUGUCUUAGUUCUAUGGGAAGGGAUAUAAAGGGAAGAGCCACUUUAACUCGUCGUAAAGGUGGGACACAUGAGACCGCCUCGAUGUACCGAAGGUAAAUCUAUAAGUCCAUUAUACAAGCAUAUAUGGACUUAUA